UGCCCUUUCCCCUGUUGUUUCACAAUGCGCAUGCGCACUGAACACAAAAUAGAAACAUAACCUAAUUACCUUAUUUAGAUUUAAACGAUUUACAUGAUUUAAAAACGAGUGAUUUAAAUAACACCCACGCAAUUUUAACAAAAGUCAAACGAUUUCAUUGGAAAAAAUGGCACGAGUACCUGAUGAAGAGCUAAAAAAAGCGUUCUCUGAACUCCAUCUCAAAGUAGUGGACACAUUACAUAAAUUAAAACUUGCUGAUGUUCAAAUUGAAUCAUUAAAACGAACGAAACAACGAGCAGAAUUAACCACCAAGGAAAUAGUCUUACUUCCUCCAACUACAAGAACUUACGAAUCUGUUGGCAGAAUGUUUCUCCUCGAUGAUAUUAAUAACAUUAAAGUCAGCUUGGAUAAACGAAUAGUGAAUGCUGAUGAGAAAAUUAAAGUUCUAGAUACAAAUAAGAAUUAUCUUCAAAAUAGUUUAAAAGAAAGUGAAAAUAAUCUUCGCGAAAUGGUGCAGCAGAAGCAAAAGAAAGAAUCAUCUGGUUGAGAGGAAUGUGAGAUAAAAACAAAAUGUUUUCUUUUCUUUUUUUGUUAUAAAAAAAUACAUACACAUUUGAAAUUAUUCAUUUUCGUUAACUUCGAUUUAACAUAGACUCAAUAUUUUGUAUUUACACUGUAAUUUAUUACUCGUUUUUUCAUUGACACCGCAUACAAUAAAUGAUUUUUAAGAAACAAAA